AUGGCACACUUCCUGUUACCUCGGGGCACCGGCAGCUUCCGCAGGUUCACCCGGGAGUCCCUGGCGGCCAUCGAGAAGCGCAUGGCGGAGAAGCAAGCCCGGGGCUCGGCCGCCUCGCAGGAGAGCCGGGAAGGGCUGCCCGAGGAGGAGGCUCCCCGGCCCCAGCUGGACCUGCAGGCCUCCAGAAAGCUGCCGGAUCUCUACGGCAACCCGCCCCGAGAGCUGAUCGGGGAGCCCCUGGAGGACCUGGACCCCUUCUACAGCACCCAAAAGACCUUCAUCGUGCUGAAUAAAGGCAAGACCAUCUUCCGGUUCAGUGCCACGAAUGCCUUGUAUGUCCUCAGUCCCUUCCACCCUAUCCGGAGAGCGGCUGUGAAGAUUCUGGUUCAUUCAUUCUUCAGUAUGCUCAUCAUGUGCACCAUCCUGACCAACUGUGUGUUCAUGGCCCAGCACGACCCCCCGCCCUGGACCAAGUAUGUUGAGUACACCUUCACUGCCAUCUACACCUUUGAGUCUCUGGUCAAGAUUCUGGCUCGAGGGUUCUGCCUACACGCGUUCACCUUCCUUCGGGACCCAUGGAACUGGCUAGACUUCAGUGUGAUUGUCAUGGCAUACACAACUGAAUUUGUGGACCUGGGCAAUGUCUCGGCUUUACGUACCUUCCGAGUCCUCCGGGCCCUGAAAACUAUAUCAGUCAUUUCAGGUCUGAAGACCAUCGUGGGGGCCCUGAUCCAGUCCGUGAAGAAGCUGGCCGAUGUGAUGGUCCUCACGGUCUUCUGCCUCAGUGUCUUCGCCCUCAUCGGCCUGCAGCUCUUCAUGGGCAACCUGAGGCACAAGUGUGUCCGCAACUUCACGGCACUCAACGACACCAACGGUUCCGUGGAGGCCGACGGCCUGGUCUGGAAGUCGCUGGACCUCUACCUCAACGACCCAGAAAAUUACUUGCUCAAGAAUGGCACCUCCGACGUGUUACUGUGUGGGAACAGCUCUGAUGCCGGGACAUGCCCAGAGGGUUACCGCUGCCUGAAGGCGGGAGAGAACCCUGACCACGGCUACACGAGCUUCGACUCCUUCGCCUGGGCCUUCCUCGCGCUCUUCCGCCUGAUGACGCAGGACUGCUGGGAACGCCUCUACCAGCAGACCCUGAGGUCUGCAGGGAAGAUCUACAUGAUCUUCUUCAUGCUGGUCAUCUUCCUGGGCUCCUUCUACCUGGUGAACCUGAUCCUGGCUGUGGUUGCCAUGGCCUACGAGGAGCAAAACCAAGCCACCAUCGCUGAGACCGAGGAGAAGGAAAAGCGCUUCCAGGAAGCCAUGGAGAUGCUCAAGAAAGAGCAUGAGGCCCUCGCCAUCAGGGGUGUGGAUACCGUGUCCCGCAGCUCCUUGGAGAUGUCCCCUUUGGCCCCAGUAACCCAUGAAAGAAGACGCAAGAGGAGCAAACGAAUGUCUUCAGGGACAGAGGAGUGUGGAGAUGACAGGUUCCCCAAAUCCGACUCGGAGGACGGUCCCAGAGCAAUGAACCGUCUGAGCAGCGCCCAUGGCCUCAGCAGGACCUCCGUGAAGCCACGCUCCAGCCGUGGGAGCAUUUUCACCUUUCGCAGGCGAGACCUGGGCUCGGAGACAGAUUUUGCAGAUGAUGAAAACAGCACAGCGGGGGACAGCGAGAGCCACCGCACGUCACUGCUCGUGCCGUGGCCUCUGCGCCGGCCUAGUGCCCAGGGACAGCCCAGUCCCGGGACUUCGGCUCUCAGCCACGCCCUCAAUGGUAAAAGGAACAGCACCGUGGACUGCAACGGAGUGGUCUCCUUGCUGGGGACAGGCGACCCUGAGGCCACCUCCCCGGGGAGCCGCCUGCUCCGCCCUGUGAUACUGGAUCGCCCCCCAGACACGACCACCCCGUCGGAGGAGCCGGGCAGGCCCCAGAUGCUGAACCCCCAGGCUCCACGUGCCGAUGGCUUCGAGGGACCAGGAGAGCGACAGCGGGCGCUUAGCGCAGUCAGUGUUCUCACCAGCGCCCUGGAAGAGUUGGAAGAGUCUCACCGCAAAUGUCCACCGUGCUGGACCCGCUUCGCCCAACGCUACCUGAUCUGGGAAUGCUGCCCGCUGUGGAUGUCCAUCAAGCAGAGAGUGAAGUUCAUGGUCAUGGAUCCGUUCGCUGACCUCACCAUCACUAUGUGCAUCGUGCUUAACACGCUCUUCAUGGCACUGGAGCACUACAACAUGACAACUGAAUUCGAGGAGAUGCUGCAGGUUGGAAACCUGGUCUUCACGGGGAUCUUCACGGCAGAGAUGACCUUCAAGAUCAUCGCUCUGGACCCCUACUACUACUUCCAGCAGGGUUGGAACAUCUUCGACAGCAUCAUUGUCAUCCUGAGCCUCAUGGAGCUGGGCCUGUCCCGCAUGGGCAACCUGUCAGUGCUGCGCUCCUUCCGCCUGCUGCGUGUCUUCAAGCUGGCCAAGUCGUGGCCCACGCUGAAUACCCUCAUCAAGAUCAUCGGGAACUCAGUGGGGGCGCUGGGGAACCUGACGCUGGUGCUGGCCAUCAUCGUGUUCAUCUUCGCCGUGGUGGGCAUGCAGCUCUUUGGCAAGAACUACUCGGAGCUGAGGCACCGCAUCAGCGACUCGGGCCUGCUGCCUCGCUGGCACAUGAUGGACUUCUUCCACGCCUUUCUCAUCAUCUUCCGCAUCCUCUGUGGGGAGUGGAUCGAGACCAUGUGGGACUGCAUGGAGGUGUCCGGCCAGUCACUGUGCCUGCUGGUCUUCUUGCUUGUUAUGGUCAUUGGCAACCUCGUGGUCCUGAACCUCUUCCUGGCUUUGCUGCUCAGCUCCUUCAGUGCAGACAACCUCACGGCCCCCGACGACGACGGGGAGAUGAACAACCUCCAGCUGGCCCUGGCACGCAUCCAGCGUGGCCUGCGCUUCCUCAAGCGGACCACCUGGGACUUCUGCUGUGGGCUCCUACAGCGGCGGCCUCAGAAGCCCGCGGCCCUUGCCGCCCACGGCCAGCUGCCCCGCUGUGUGGCCACCUCCAGCUCCCCACCCCCACCGCCCCCAGAGCCAGAGAAGGCGCCUCCGGCCCGCAAGGAGACACGGUUUGAGGAAGACAAGCGGCCAGGCCAGGGCACCCCGGGGGAUACAGAGCCUGUGUGUGUGCCCAUUGCCGUGGCUGAGUCAGACACAGAUGAGCAAGAGGAGGAGGAGGAAAACAGCCUGGGCACAGAGGAAGAGUCCAGUAAGCAGCAGGAAUCCCAGCCUGUUUCCGGCAGCCCAGAGGCCCUCCCAAAGCCCAGGGCCUGGAGCCAGGUGUCAGAGACCCCCUCCUCCGAGGCCGAGGCCAGUGUGGCUCAGGCAGACUGGCGGCAGCAGCGGAGAGUGGAGCCCCCGGCCCCAGGGUGCAGUGAGACUCAGGAGGACAGUUACUCGGAAGGGAGCACAGCAGACAUGACCAACACUGCUGACCUCCUGGAGCAGAUCCCUGACCUGGGUGAGGAUGUCAAGGACCCAGAGGACUGCUUCACCGAAGGCUGCGUCCGGCGCUGUCCUUGCUGCGCCGUGGACACCACGCAGGCCCCGGGGAAGGUCUGGUGGCGGCUGCGCAAGACCUGCUAUCGCAUCGUGGAGCACAGCUGGUUCGAGACAUUCAUCAUCUUCAUGAUCCUGCUCAGCAGCGGAGCACUGGCCUUCGAGGACAUCUACCUAGAGGAGCGGAAGACCAUCAAGGUUCUGCUGGAGUAUGCUGACAAGAUGUUCACCUACGUCUUCGUGCUGGAGAUGCUGCUCAAGUGGGUGGCCUACGGCUUCAAGAAGUACUUCACCAACGCCUGGUGCUGGCUGGACUUCCUCAUCGUGGACGUCUCGCUGAUCAGCCUGGUGGCCAACACCCUGGGCUUCGCAGAGAUGGGCCCCAUCAAGUCACUGCGGACGUUGCGUGCUCUCCGACCCCUGCGAGCCCUGUCCCGAUUUGAGGGCAUGAGGGUUGUGGUCAAUGCCCUGGUGGGCGCCAUCCCCUCCAUCAUGAACGUCCUGCUCGUCUGCCUCAUCUUCUGGCUCAUCUUCAGCAUCAUGGGCGUGAACCUCUUUGCGGGGAAGUUUGGGCGGUGCGUCAACCAGACUGAAGGAGACCUGCCUUUGAACUACACCAUCGUGAACAACAAGAGUGACUGUGAGUCUUUCAAUGUGACUGGCGAAUUAUACUGGACCAAGGUGAAAGUCAACUUUGACAACGUAGGGGCCGGGUACCUGGCCCUUCUGCAGGUGGCAACAUUUAAAGGCUGGAUGGACAUUAUGUAUGCGGCUGUGGACUCCAGGGGGUUUGAAGAGCAGCCCCAAUGGGAAUACAACCUCUACAUGUACAUCUACUUCGUCAUUUUUAUCAUCUUCGGGUCUUUCUUCACCCUGAACCUUUUCAUCGGUGUCAUCAUUGACAACUUCAACCAACAAAAGAAAAAGUUAGGGGGCCAGGACAUCUUCAUGACAGAGGAGCAGAAGAAGUACUAUAAUGCCAUGAAGAAGCUGGGCUCCAAGAAGCCCCAGAAGCCCAUCCCUCGGCCCCUGAACAAGUACCAGGGCUUCCUGUUUGACAUUGUGACCAAGCAAGCCUUCGAUGUCACCAUCAUGUUCCUUAUCUGCUUGAACAUGGUGACCAUGAUGGUGGAGACAGAUGACCAGAGCCCCGAGAAGGUCAACAUCUUGGCCAAGAUCAACCUGCUCUUCGUAGCCAUCUUCACAGGCGAGUGUAUCAUCAAGAUGGCUGCCCUGCGUCACUAUUAUUUCACCAACAGCUGGAACAUCUUCGACUUCGUGGUUGUCAUCCUCUCCAUCGUGGGCACUGUGCUCUCAGACAUCAUCCAGAAGUACUUCUUCUCCCCAACGCUAUUCCGAGUCAUCCGCCUGGCCCGAAUCGGCCGCAUCCUCAGGCUGAUCCGAGGGGCCAAGGGGAUCCGCACGCUGCUCUUUGCCCUCAUGAUGUCCCUGCCUGCCCUCUUCAACAUAGGGCUGCUGCUCUUCCUCGUCAUGUUCAUCUACUCCAUCUUCGGCAUGGCCAACUUCGCCUACGUCAAGUGGGAGGCCGGCAUCGACGACAUGUUCAACUUCCAGACCUUCGCCAACAGCAUGCUGUGCCUCUUCCAGAUCACCACGUCGGCCGGCUGGGACGGCCUCCUCAGCCCCAUCCUCAACACAGGGCCCCCCUACUGCGACCCCAAUCUGCCCAACAGCAACGGCUCCCGGGGGAACUGUGGGAGCCCGGCCGUGGGCAUCCUCUUCUUCACCACCUACAUCAUCAUCUCCUUCCUCAUCGUGGUCAACAUGUACAUCGCCAUCAUCCUGGAGAACUUCAGUGUGGCCACGGAGGAGAGCACUGAGCCCCUGAGCGAGGACGACUUCGACAUGUUCUAUGAGAUCUGGGAGAAGUUCGACCCGGAGGCCACCCAGUUCAUCGAGUACUCGGCCCUGUCCGACUUCGCCGAUGCCUUGUCUGAGCCGCUGCGCAUCGCCAAGCCCAACCAGAUAAGCCUCAUCAACAUGGACCUGCCCAUGGUGAGCGGGGACCGUAUCCACUGCAUGGACAUCCUCUUCGCCUUCACCAAGAGGGUUCUGGGUGAGUCCGGGGAGAUGGACGCCCUGAAGAUCCAGAUGGAGGAGAAGUUCAUGGCGGCCAACCCGUCCAAGAUCUCCUACGAGCCCAUCACCACCACGCUGCGGCGCAAGCACGAGGAGGUGUCGGCCACCGUCAUCCAGCGGGCCUUCCGGAGGCACCUGCUGCAGCGCUCCAUGAAGCACGCCUCCUUCCUCUUCCGCCAGCAGGCAGGCAGCAGCGGCCUCUCCGAAGAGGACGCCCCCGAGCAGGAGGGCCUCAUCGCCCACGUGAUGAACGAGAACUUCUCCCGGCGCCGCGGCCCGCCCUCCACGUCCUCCACGUCCUCUCCACCCUCCUAUGACAGCGUCACCAGGGCCACCAGCGAUAACCCCCAGGUGAGGGUGUCCGACUGCAGCCGCAGCGAGGACCUCGCGGACUUCCCCGCCUCCCCAGACCGGGACCGCGAGUCUAUCGUGUGAGCCGCACCCCAGCCGGCCAGGACGCGCCGGGAGGCGGCCACGAGCCAGCACCCCCUGGGCCCUCCUUGCUUCGGGCUCCGGCGUGGGAGACGGGCCUCGGCCCCACGGAUCGACGAGGCGGAGUUCUUUCUGUGGCCGCCACGCCGCCGGCCAGAGGCCGUUGGCCGGGCCGACCAGACGGGGCACACGCCGGUGGCCGGGUCUGGCCAGGCAACACCCCGGCGCUCUGCGAGGCAGCCCUGUCCCAGCUGCUGAGGCGAAGUACAAAGCUGAGACUGUACGUGUCGUGAAUGGGCUUUCAUAAAUUUAUUAUAUUUGAUAUUUUUUUACUCGGGCAAAGAACUAACGUUUUUUCCACGGACGUGGGCAGUAAUUCACUCUGCCUUUUCUUCACUCCAAACGGGAGUGUCUGUGGAGCUGCUGGAGGUCUGUUCUCGAAGCAAAAGUGAAACCCAGAAGGGGUGUCCCCUGCUGCUGGGGCUGUGGCGCCAGGAGGGCCGACCCCCUUGCCUCACACGCGCGCGUGCACGCAGUCCACGCACAGAGGCCAGACACGGGCCACGUGUGGCCCCGGCUCCCCUCAGGCACGUGUCAGGCAGAGGGGUUCUUGUCAGCGAGGGCUCACUCUGGCCUUCCGUGGUCCCCAGGGUCCUGUUUGCCGCCCGUGUUUUCAUGCAGGCCAUACUGGGGUCACGUCUACGAAACGGAAAAGCUUCCAGGAGGGAAUGGCCCGGGUCUCAGGGCCGGUCCUGGGCACUGAUGUUGCCUUUUCUUCCCAGGAGGGCCCGGUCUUCUGCAAGAGUAUUAACGUUAAGGUGAAGGGCACAAGGGAACCAGCCCCACGCACAGCCUGGCCCCCAGCUUAUCCCAGCUCCCAAACCCGGCAGGCCCUGCCCCACAGGCCGGGAAGAGAAGUCUGAGCCCGGCACCGUGAGGGCUGAGAAGAACAGGCUUCAGCCGUGUGAAGAAGGGAAUCUGUUGUCAGGGCCAGGGCUCUCUUUCCAGACCUUUCCGCCUCUCGCCUUGUGUGCGGGUGUGGGGAGGGGGGGAUCUCCUGCGCGGUGCCCAGCGACGCUCCAGAUGGAGCAGGGAGGGCAUCACGGGCCCUGUGCCGGGAAGGAAGGAGCCUCGGGGUGGUCAAACUGUUCCCUGCCCUGGGAGGAGCCUGGACUGUGGGCUUCCUUGGGGAAGAGAGCGGCGUGGCCCCGGACCAGCCCCUCUCGCUCAGCCUGGGGUCCUGGUGGCACCCGCCCGCGGGACAGUCCGGGGCAGGGUCCAGGCCGUCCACGGGUCUUGUGAGAAGGCCUCUUCAGGGAAAAAUACUUUUUCUAGUCCAAUUCCCCCCGGGGGCCUCUUCAGCUGCUGACAAUCCUAUUUAGCAUAUGCAAAUCUUUUAACGCAGAGACCUGUCACCCCGCGAGUGACAGUGUUGGCUGGCGGAGCGAUCCCAGCUCUCCAGCAGAGCCGCCGCCCGCCUCGCGGGGCAGCCCGGGAAGCCGGAAGCCCGCUGCCCCUAACCUACCUCGCCGAGCCGUCGGAGGGCUGGACGAUCGUGAGCUCGUGGCAGUGCUGAGGGGGCAUUGCCGGCGAGUCAAGUAUUACGUUUCUUUUUGUCGCCCCGAGUUCCCUUGGUGGCGACCCCAGCCCCCACCCCACCCACCCGAGGGACUUCUCUUCUCCCGUGUUCCCCUUGAGUCCAGUGUGGGACGUGGUUUGACCGUCCCAGGCAUACUUCUCCGAGUGGAAACCUUAUUUUCGUAGCUCCCUGUGCUUUGCUCCGGGCUCCGAGCGGCGUGUGCCCCUCCCCGGCACUCAGUGCCCACUGCAGGGCAGGAAUGCGGGUUUGGAGGCAGGCCGGCUGGCCGCCCAGCUGGCCGGAAGGGGCUGUGGUUUCAUGUGUCUGCGGACGGCCCGGGAGCCCUGAGACAGGUGCCCGGGCUGUGGCCGAGGCAGGGUGAGCUAGGCCCGACUCCUUAGCUUUUAGCGUGGCUCUCUCUCUCUCUCUCUUUUUUUUUUUUUCCCAGAACUGCACGAUGACCAGCAGGAGGGGAGAGGAGGGUAGGAAGAGGAGGGAGCGUCAAGUGCCAGCUGUUGUCUGAGCUAAUCGAGCACUUCUCACCAAACUCCGUGUAUAAAUAAGAUACAUAUUUUUAAAACAAACCAAUAAAUGGCUUACAUGA